UCCCGGGGUAGGGAGAUGGGGACGGCGAUGCCAGAAGGCAGCCGCAGGGCUGGGAAUCAGGAUCGCUGCCUCCCCUCUACAGUUGGGUGUAGGCGCUCGGGAGUGAGACCCUUGAAAGGAUAUUCCCCAGGGAUUUCUCCGCUGGCCCGCUCUGUGGCAAAGGAAGGGAAUGUGGCAAAUAAAAUAAAACACAAAACAAAAGAUCGCACGUGUCCCACCGAGCCGGCGGGCUCUGCCGAAACCCAGGAGCCUCCAGCCUCCCUUGGGCCCCUCGGAUGCAGCGCAGCUCCCGCCAGCGGGAAAGUUUCGUGGUCCCUGGAGGCGGCAGUGACGGAGACGGGAGAACGAGCCGCCUCGCCCCCCAGGAGCCGGGAGAACAGCCCCUCUCCCCCAGACGCUCGGAACAAACCCCGAAGCAGCACAGCAGGGAGAAAGAGAGACACGGGGGAAGGAGUCACGCGGGGGAAAGCGGGUUGUCAGCGGCUCCCGGUGCCGGAGCGGGACAAACCCCGAGAGGAGGCACAGCUAUCCCGUGAGGGGGCUGAGACAGCCCGUGAGAGAGAGACAAAGAUACCCAGUGAGGGGGGGAGCACUGGCACCCCGCGAUGGGAGCUGAGGCACCCCGUGAUGGGGACACACACCCUGUGAGGGGUCACAGCCAGCCCUUGAUGGGGCACAGACCCCCCUAAAGGGGUCACACAGACCCCGGGGGUCACAGACACCCACUGAGGGGUCACGGACGCCCCGCUGGGGACGCUUAGACACCCCGGAGGAGCAGAGACAUCCAACGAAGGGUCACAGACACCCCGAGGGGGCUCAGACACCCCGUUAGAAGGACAUAAACACCAAAUGAAUGGUCACAGACACCCCAUUAACGGGACACAGGCACUCCGUUAAGGAGUAGCAGACACCCUGUUAAGGGGUCGCGCACACGCCGGGGGUCACAGACACCCCGUUCAGUGGUGACCCAAACCCUGUUGAGGGGACACACAAACCGCGCUUCGGGGUCACACACACGCCGCGAUGGGACACGGCUGCCCCGUUCAGGGGUCACGCCGCCCCGCUCGGGGGUCACACGCACUCAGCCGGGGCGUCCCCGCUGUCCCGCCCGUCGCGGGCCGGCGGCAGCGCCUCACGGUGAAGCCCGAGCGCCCCCUACUGUCGGGCUGCCGGCAGCGGCCGCCCCCGCGCCCGGCGCUGCCUUUUGUCGCCGCGGCUUUGGGGUCCCAGAGGUUUCAUCUCGCCUUGCUUUCUUCCUUUUUUUUCCCUCCACCUUUAUUUUGCAUAUGCUAGAGAUUUAUUCAUUUAAUAAUUUCUUCACGUAAAGGAUCCGAACCGUAGUUGGGCAUAAUGUGCACUGCCCACACAUACUCCCAUUAAUGGUCUGCAAGUUAAUUCUUCCUUAAUUCUUGCGUGCAGUCAGUGACAUCUGUUUUACUGUUUCCAGACGUUGCAGUGUGAGGCUUUUUUAAGUGUCUGAGAUGAUUAUGGCUACUUCAUACAAAGCCAGAUAACUCCAAAGCUUCUUGAUGCUAAUCAGGAAUGGUGUCCCCUUAUACUCACAAUAUGCCUUGCAGAUAAAUACCAUAAAAUCACAGAAUGGUUUGGGUUGGAAGGGACUUUAAUGGUCAGUUCUGAACCCCCUGCCAUGGGCAGGAACACCUUCCACUAUCCCAGGUUGCUCAGAGUUCAUCCAACCUGGCCUUGAACACUCCCACUGAUGGGGCAUCCACAGCUCCUCUGGAUAACCUGUGUCAGGGCCUCACUACCCUCACAAUAAAGCAUUUUUUUUUCAUAAUGUCUAAUAUAAACCUACUCUCAGUCUGAAGCCCUUCUCCCUUGUCCUGUCACUCCAUCCUCUAGUCAAAAGACCCUCUCCAUCUUUACUGUGGGCCCCCUUCAGGUACUGGGAGGUCCCACUUGGGCCACCCCAGAGCCUUCUCUUUCUCAGGCAGAACAAUCCCAAUUCUCUCAGCCUUUAAUCUUCCUGCUCCAUCCUUCUGAUCACCUUGAUGCCUCCUCUGGACUGGUUCCAACAGGUGCCUGUCCUUCCUGUGCUGGGACCCCAGAGCUGGAUGCAGCCCUGCAGGUGGGGUCUCACCAAAGCAGAGGAGAGGGGCGGAAUCCACUCCCUCCCAUGCUGGUCGUAUAUUACUACACCUGAAGAUUACCUCCUGAAGAAAGCUAAUUCCUUUGUCACAUUGAGGGUGAUGUUACAUGAAAUGAGAGAGCUGAUCUGCUUCCUUACCACUGCUGCAAGUGAAGGAGCUUCCUCCUCUUUCCCAGGCUUUUGUCUUCUGGGUACAUGGUCCUGAUCACACAAUCCCCAGCCUUCCUUACCUAGCCAAGGCAUGUGGUUUUAGUCUGGGUUAUUUUUUUGCCAGUUUAACAUUGCUGAAUGCACACCUGCCCAUGAGAAACAGUGAAUUGAUUUCUUGUUUGGCUUUGCUUGUCUGUGUUGUUUUUGCUCUCCCCAUUAAACUGCCUUUAUGUCAACCUAGGAGUGUUCUCACUUUUACUCUUCCAAUCCUCUCCUGAAUCCUGCAGGUGAUGGAAUGAGUGAGAAACUGCAUGGGACUCAGUUGCUGGCUGGCAUUAAACCAGGACAAGCUCUUAAGCUUGAGCUUAAGUUCACAUCACCUUAUCCACCCUAAGCCUACCCUCCACAGGACAAUGAGCUGAUUAACAUCUUGUUCCUACAGAGAACAGCCUAGCAACAUUUCUUUCCCCUUCCCAGCACUUAAUUCCUCAUCAUUUCUCUCUUUCCUUCUAGCUACACAGCCUUACUUCCUCCCCUUGACUGAACAAAUGUAAAUCACUGAAAUUGGAAGGGAGAAAAUAAAAUGCAAGCAACUUUUGUUUCUUUAUGGUUGGGUAAUUUUGUGUGAUUUUAGUGAAUUAAACAGGUUUGCAGAUGACCAAGAAAAUUAGCAGCAAAGGCAAAGGGAAGAUGGAUCAGGAUUCCUAGCCAAAGCUGCCCUGUAGAGCUGUCACUCACAAACACCUCAAACCAGCUUCAGCUCAUUCCAUACUUAUCCUGCUUUCUCCCUUCUCUGGAAUCAGUAUUUCUGUUUAUGCACCAUAAACAACUGAUGAAGUAAUUUUUUUUUCCCUUUUGGGGCUUUUUGGUUUGUAGAGUUGGGUUUUUCAGAUUUGUUUGGGGUCUUUUUCCCUUUGCUUUAACUCCGAUAAGCCUUUUCUUUAACUAUAUAUUUUAGGAAGGAAGAGCUUUUAAACUUUCUUCCCCUCUACCUUCCAUGUUAUUCAGUAAGUGUAAUGAAAAUGCAUAAUCUCCACAUUUGCUCUGAGUCAGAAACUUAAGGGAUUUUAUGAAUUUCCUUUUUGUUUCCUUUUUAAUACUCUCCCAGGUUUGGAAGUAUAUAAAAAGUGGUAUAUAUUGUUGUUGAAUCUUAUAACUGGCAUUUCUCCAAAUUUUUAGAGUUUGAGCACGGGAACAGAAAAAAAAAAAAAGAUAUUAAAAUUAAAUAAACUGGAGGAUUUCUAGGAUCAUCCAUUCUGCUGGGUUCAGUAUAAAAGGAAAUGAUAGGAGAGGAAAAAA